GAACACAAAAACUUCCGAACCUCUUAUUUGAAAUUUCUACCAUCAGUAUUUCAUACUGGACUGGACUGUCGCCUUCAAAAACACAGCAGACUUUCGAAAAACAGAACAGUCUAAAAAUGGCGGAGAAAGAUGGAAGCAGACAAGGGACACUUUCCAUGUACUCUUCUAACAGACACAAAUGUUGUGAUCGAACAGCACGAAUGUUGCUUGUUAUGUUCUUAGUUGCGAUUGUGUGGGAAGCAGGAAUUAUUGUAUUCCAGGAAAAACGUUUAACGGUGAUGGAAGACAAGCUUAAUUUAAUGCUGAAAACUCGUCGGGAAGAAAGUAACGACAUGACAGCUGAGAAAGUCUUCGGGAUGGUCAAAGAAAUUUUCAAAGAAUCGCCUCUCAAGAGUCACGCACGUUUGAAACGGCAUGCAAAUGGGCAAAUGUAUCAGCUUCAAUUUGUGGUAAAGCAAUGGCUUGAUGAACUCAAAAGACAUAAUUCGCCCUAUCAGCAGCAGAACAGAGCAUGCAACAGAACAGCUGUUUGCACAAUUGGGGAUCGAGGACCACGGGGUAAACCUGGACCACGGGGUCCUAAAGGGGAUCGUGGGUUGAUUGGGCCUCCUGGGAGGCGAGGCAUUCAAGGUCAAGAUGGCGAUAAAGGUGAAAAGGGCGACAUUGGUCCAAGGGGGCCACCGGGCUUAUCAAUAGAGAAACCGAGGAUAACUGUAAAGCCAGUAAACACAACCGCGAGGCAAGGGUCAGCUGUGACGUUCUCUUGCAUUGCAGAAGGCAAUCCGCAGCCAGAUGUCAGAUGGAGCUUCCCAAAGAAGGAUUUGGGCGAUGCCAAAAGGAGAGUGAAAAACAUCAAUGGCAUGGGAAUCAUGAUAGAAAGUGCCCAGCCAGAACACAGUGGAAUAUACACGUGCAUCGCUGAAAACAUUCUUGGCAACACAAGUGCACAGGCGAAUCUAGAGGUUCAUUUUUUGGGUCAAGUAAAAGUAACACCAGAAAGACUCUCGACAUAUAGCGGCUUGUCAGUCCAGAUCUCCUGCAAGGUUCACGGCCACCCUCAACCAAAAAUAAGGUGGGAAAGGAUCGGAGGCCCGAUGCCUAGUUCAGCUAAAGUCGAUCCAGAUGGAAGAUUGAUGAUAUCAGAAAUAAAGGCAGAGGCUAGUGGAUUGUACCAGUGUCUGGCACAAAACAGCAUAAAUAGAUUCACAGGGCAGAGCCUGGUUUUCGUGCAAAAGAGCAAGCCUAAAGAUUGCCAAGAACUAAAGCUGGCCGGGUCAAAAGCAAGCGGAGUAUACAAAGUUUCAAUAAACGGCGUCGAUCUAUACGAUGUCUUUUGCGAUAUGGAUACCGAUGGUGGUGGAUGGACGGUCUUGCAAAGACGCAAGGACGGAAGUACGUCUUUUGACCGAGGAUGGGUCGAUUACAAGAAGGGUUUUGGAGAUCUCAGAAGUAACUUUUGGCUAGGACUUGACAAGAUACAUGCAUUGACGUCAGGUGGGGUUCAGCUCAUGAUAAACCUCGAAAACGUGGGAGGGGAAAAAGGUUUUGCCAAGUACAAGAGCUUUGAAGUAUUUGGUGAAACUGAAAAUUAUCGGCUGGCGAUUUCAGGUUACAGUGGUAAUAUUAAAGAUAGCUUGAGCUAUCACAACAGAAUGCAAUUUUCAACGAAGGAUCGAGACAAUGACAAAUACUCAAGAAAUUGCGCAGUCUCCUAUGGAGGAGCUUGGUGGCAUAAUUCUUGCUUUUAUGCAGCAUUAAAUGGGUUAUUUCCAACACGCCAAACAUCCUCGGGGAGAUAUAUGUCCUGGAGACAUUGGAAAAGUAAAAUUGGGGAUAUAAACUUCUCUGAGAUGAAAAUCAGGAAGACGUAAAGUUGACAUCUUAAAAAAAUUUCUUAUUUGCAAGCCACAUAACAAGAACUUUGGAAAAAGUUAAUUUGAGCUUUAGUCUAUAAAGUUUUUCAUAGUCUCUAUGAAAAUAUGAUUUUAAAAGUCUUUUAAUUUCGUUAAAAAUACAUAGUAAAUACAAUUUUAAUUUUCUGAUAUCUAGUAUGCAAAGAAAUUGAAAAUGGUACUUUCACAUAUAUUUGAUCGAUCUCUUUACUUCACAUUUUUUAUAAAUAAUCAAUUGAUGUUUCUUAACGUAAAAAAGUUAUCGUAAUAAGUCUUUGAUUGUGCAUAUUCAAACUGCAGGUAAAAAAAUUGUUUUUAACGUUCUCUUUUCAGUAUAAAAGAUGUAAGAAUAAUAGUGAUUACGUUAACAAAAACAAUAACAACAACAAUAACAACAACAAUGAAGAUUGAAUAUGAAUAAAAGUCUCUUAAAUAUGAAUACAUAAAAUCUCAAUGAAAUUCAUACAAAGUCACUGUACACAAAAAAGUCAAUA